AUGCGCUCAAAUCAUUGUGGCACAGCGACCUCUGCCUCGCACAUCCUCCUGCCUUCCCAUAGGCGGGGGGCCUACGGGCUACACCCCGCUCUCUCGCGGCCGCUAUGUCGCGCGGGUGCUCCAGGUCGAGAGCUCCGCGCGCCUGACGAACAGGGAAAAUGAGUUCGACGACUGGCGCCCCUGGCCAUGUGGUCAGCGACAGGCGCUCUCGCGCUCAGGCCCGUCGCCGUCGACGCGACCUCCGUGUGUUUCAUCGUGGUCUUCAACACGGACUCGCUGCGGCUCUUCUCCCACCGCCGGGGUUCGACGACGAGCAGGUGCCAAAGGUGGAGACCCCGGCUGCCAUCAAGGAGAACGCGAAUGAGGAAACCCGGACGGUGGACAAGCUCGACGAGGUGCCCUACGUGGUGGAGGAGCCUUUUGUCCAGCUCCAGGUCGUGAAGCAGGUGCCCCAGGCGGAGACCCAGGACGCUUUCCAGGAGAACGCGAAGGAGGAAAUUCGGACAGUCGAGAGCGGUAAGCACGUCGCCACGCCUGAAGUGCACACGGCGGACAAGUUCGUAGAGGUGCCUCACGUGGCGGACGGGCCCUUCGCCCAGUCCCAGGUCGUGAAGCAGGUGCCCAUGACGGAGGUCCAGGCUAUCACCAAGGAUAUCGAGAUGGACGUCGAAGAGACACCAGUCGAGGCGCCGCAGGUGCAGAUCUCGAAGGUCGUAAAGGAGACUGCGAAGGUGGACGAGGCCGUAGGGGAUUCAGUCGAGGUGAUCAGCCACUUGCUCAUUCGGUAUCUCGAGCAGCAGUCCGCGACCGACGUGGAGGUCCAGGAAAUCGAUCUCAUCAUUUGGUACAUGGAGCACAUUGAGGACAGCAUCCAGACUGAAGACCAACUCUUGGAGCAUCAGUUCCUGGUCCAGGCCAUCAUCGAAACGCUGCUCGCCGAGAGCCGCAUCAUCGAGGUGAGGCCCGCGCUGGACCCCCUGAGGCCCGAGGACCGUGUGUUCAGAUCCCGCCCUCCGUCCUCCCCACCUUCCUCCUCCUCCUAUGGUCCCGAAAUUCGAUACGGCCACCGAGCAUAGGCUUCCUUAUUCAGAGGCGAUAGAACUCCCGUUCGUUCGUAUCGUGGCAGCGCAGCGCAGCAUCCCUGUGCCAGCACCCCCGACACGUGGCCCCAGAGCGGGGACAUGCGAGAGACACGGCUCUCUGCGGCGGACCACAAUACUUGUUUUCCUUCACUACGCUGUGUUGGCUCUUUAUUGGUCCUGAUGCCGAGGA